AAAUCUAUUACAAGAACGAAAAUGAACCCGAAGACUAAUACCUCACCUCAAUAUGUCGAGACUGAAAUGACGAAAAUUGCGUUAACACGACGUGCAGCUUGUCGUUGCUUCCCAUUUGUGUUUUAAGAAUUUUCCCAGUCUACCCCCAUCUCGCGGGAACAUGGAUUCAUCUUAAUAUGGCGGCGGUAGGGAGUCAAACUUUCCUUUCAGAUGCUAUGCAAUAUAGACUUAUUCUUUCGAUUUAAGACGCCUGUUCAUUAAAACCAGUAACACCCGAACCCUGCCAGGUUUACUUAGGUCGUCGGAAACAAACUGUUCCGUUUUAAUGAGGGGCUUCCAUCGAAGUUGAUGGUCGCUGACAUUGCUUGUUAUUCCAACCGUUGGUUUCAUUUUCCUGGUAAACACGACAGGGGAGCAUUUGCUUGAAUUAGGACAGAAGAUCACAGAUUGGACGUUCGUGUUUCCUUUUUUAAAGAUAGUAGAUCGUUCCACUGGACGUUCAAGUUACCUUUCCUGUCAGGGCAAUUACAUAGGAAGUGUUGGAUGUCACUCUCAGCCAGUGUCAGGCGGAAUUUGUUUUGCUAGCAGCGUUGAUCCUGGCAAAUCAAAUGGAGAAACUUUCAGAUCUGAGCAAAUCAGAGCUUCAGGAACUUCUGGACAACCCGGAAAAGGUGGAGUCUAUGGCUCAGGAGUCUGAUGAGAUCCAAAAUAUCCAGCUGGAGAGAGAGAUGGCGUUGGCGUCCAAUCGUAGCCUCGCAGAGCAAAACCUGGACAUGAAGCCAUGCUUGGAGUCUCAAAGAGAAGUUCUGGUGGAGAGAUACACACAGCUGCAGGCCAUCAGAGAUACCUACAGAGAGCACACCUCCAUAAUAGAUGGCAUGGUUGGUAAAGCGUCUCCAGAAGCACUGUUCUCCAGAAUGCAGACAGAGGGCAGCAAAGUAGAAACAGAGUCAGAGGUUUUAGCCGAUGAAUUCCUGGAGGGCUCGCUGCCAUUGGACUCAUUCCUUGACCGCUUCCUUGUUCUACGUUGCCUAGCUCACAAAAGACGCGUGCGGGUUGAGAAGUUCCAGGAGGUCCUGCGACAGAGAAAAGAGGGUAAUCCCACAGCUAUGACGUCAUCAUCAGGUAUCAGCCAACCUGUCAAUCAGUGGAACCCACAGACCACAACAGCAGGCCAGCAGCAGGCAAACUCCAAAGGCUACCGUAAUAUCCCUCAGCCUGUUCCUCCGUCUGCGGGGGUCUCCUGUGGUCUCCCUUACAGCCAAUAUCCUGUCACCCCUUCCAACGCCCCCCCACCGCCAGUCCCGUUAAUGGCGGCGAGCUCUGACCCAGUCGUUCCCCCAUCACAGGUACCUUCCUAUGCAGGCUCCGGCUCACCUUUCCCCCCAGCAGGGGGCUUCACUGGCCCCGGGUCAGCGUUCAAACCUCUGCCUUCGGUCGCCUGCCCGUACCCAACCCAGUCCUCUUUCUCCACCCCGUACCCGGGCUCAGCUUUUGGCCAAUACAACCCAACCCAGAGCAAUACAGCACUAUACCCAGGUUCAUACAACUAUGGCGGUUACAGCUAUCCGUCUAAUUCUCAGCCACCAACAGGAAGUCCCAUUUACAGACCAGGAUAUGGCGUUUCACAGCCAUAUUCCUAAAAAAAAAUAUUUUUUAAAUCCUGCUGAAUUCUUAAUUUGAUCUACUUUACUUCUUCCCUAUCCUACCAGAGUUUCACUAAUGGCUUCCUUUUCCUUGUCUUUCUGUCAAUCGCUAUUCCCUCUUUUUGGAUUCUAUGCUAUUCUGUAUCUUAAUAUCUACAUUCUUAUGUUCAUUUUCCUUCUCCAUCUCGCGCACCUCCCUUCCCUGAAAGUAUCUGUAUGUGUGAUAUUAUUGAUAUUCGGAGGAAGUUCUUUACACAACACUACAAUACAGUACAUCUUUGUCCAGCUGUUAUUAAAAAUCACUGAGAAAAGCUGGUGAUGUUGUCAGGUUACCUUGGCAUCAUGUGCAAGAUUCAACCCUUAUGCAUUACCCAGGUGUAUGUGUGUGUCAAAUCGUAAAACUACAGUGGUACCACAGUUUCCCUAAACCCCACUUUUCGUAGCACAUUAGUACCACAACAUCCACGCUAAAUUGGUUCAGUAGGGAGCUUUUAUCUAAAAACACCUGUGUCUCAAAUCAACGUCACCCAUGGAAAUGAAAUUAAAUCAAUUUAAUCGGUGCUUGCGCCCUACAAAAAACACAAUUUUAACAUGUCUUCUAAAACAUACUUUUAGAUAAAAAAUAUUGUAUAAAUACAAAACCAGUGAAGUUGGCAUGUUGUGUAAUUCGCAAAUUAAAACAGAAUACAAUGAUUUGCAAAUCCUUUUCAACUUAUAUUCAAUUGAAUAGACUGCAAAGACAAGAUAUUUAAUUUUCGAACUGAGAAACUUAAUUUUUUUUGCAAAGAAUCAUUAACUUAGAAUUGAAUGGCAGCAACACAUUGCAAAAAAGUUGGCCCAGGGGCAUUUUUACCACUGUGUUACGUGGCCUUUCCUUUUAACAACCGAGGAGAUACAUUUUUGAAGCUUUUCAGGUAGAAUUAUUUCCCAUUCUUGCUUGAUGUACAGCUUAAGUUGUUCAACAGUCCGGGGUCUCUAUUUUAGGCUUCAUAAUGCGCCACACAUUUUCAAUGGGAAACAGGUCUGGACUACAGGCAGGCCAGUCUAGUACCCACACUAUUUUACUAUGAAGCCACACUGUUGUAACACGUGGCUUGGCAUUGUCCUGCUGAAAUAAGCAGGGGCGUCCAUGAUAAUGUUGCUUGGAUGGCAACAUAUGUUGGUGUUGGUGUCUUUGCAGUCUAUUCAAUUGAAUAUAGGUUGAAAAUGAUUUGCAAAUCAUUGUAUUCUGUUUUUAUUUACCAUUUACACAACGUGCCAACUUCACUGGUUUUGGGGUUUGUACAUUAGAAUAUACUGCUAACAACUACUGUAGUUUUUUAAAGUAAUGUACCGGUAAUGAUAAUGAAGGAGAUUGGACUUCUACGAUAUGUCCUUCUCGCUGCUUCUUUGUCAAACACAGUCAGCAGCUUUUCCAUAUUUUAAUGGAUAAAUGUCCGCUGUUUGUAUGAUAUUUUGAUAUUCUUGGCGGGCUUUAUAGUCUUUUUGCUUCAGUAUGGUGUAGACUAUCACUGAUACGCUCAAAUUGCUUCGCCAAGUUGGCGACACGCUCGGUCAUGUUUUUGAUGAUUUAUUUCAAUUAAUAUAUUAUCCACUUUGUCCUUCACACUCACUUUAUUCCUUCCCUUUCUUCCUUAAAAAAACUAAUUUAUGUCUAUCUCUCGCUAUACGCUAAGGCCAGCGAAUAAGACGAGAUGUUUUGAGCGUAUCUUACGAGGAUGCUUGGAACUCAAAUUCUUAUGAAAGCAUAACAAUUAGCCGAGAGACCGCUCUUAUCUCAGAACACUCUAAAGUUGUAGUACUCUUAGGUUGAGGAAUCGCUGUGUUUGUUUUGUUUUUUGACAAAAUUAUUCACAAAAUGCACAAGCCUGAGCAAAACACUAACAUGCAGCACGCCGGACAGAUACAGGAGUGUCUAUUAACAAAAUAUACGAUUGUCGAUGUGAGCCCGAAAAUCUAGCUCGCUAACUUUAGCAUGCUAAAAUGGUAACGUUAACAUGCGUCACGCAACGAAUUACUUGACUCUGAGGUGCAUGCAUGGAAAAUGUGCUUAAAGAUAAGCUAACUUGCUAAGAGUAUGUUUCAAAAACCAAUUUAUGAGCCAAAUUAGCUAAAAAAAAAUAAUAAUAAUAAGGUUAGCAUGUGUCUAGUAGUCUGACUGUGGACUCAAGUAUCUAAUCAAAGAAUCUCACGUGUUGGGGACUACGUCGCUGUGUUUUUUUUGUUUAGUGACCCAUCCUGGGGCCCAAGAAAGUUGCGAAUGCCAGCCCUUUGAUUAAGAAGAUGAGAAAUUCACUAUUAAAUUCAAGAAAAAACUUGUAGCAAAGUACAAAGUUGCCUUUCGCAUGGCUCUCCCCCCGUUGUCCACCCUGCUCAUCACCAUCAAUUAAUUAAUCAUUUAUACCUAUUUGGCAUUGGGUUAUUUGCAUGCAAAACUAUUGUUAGUGUUGUGUUUUUUUAUGUCUGUAACCGGUUAAUAAGAUUUAAAUGAUUUUGGAUAGGAAAAAUCCCUUCACUUUUCGUAUGAUUUGGUCUUGGUUGGAGAUUUGGGAAAGUGUUACUAUUGAAUACUGAGGUACCACUGUAUUCUUUAUUAAGUGCUAAAACUCACAAUUAUAUUGCUCAAAGAAUGUGACCACAAUAAUUGUAAUUAAUAUGAGACUAUACGUAAAAUUAAAAGCCUUUUUUUUUAAAUACAACUGAAACGUGGGUUGAUGCUGAGAAAGCACUAGAUUUUGAAUUGGGAGGAUAUGGAAUGAAAUACAUCAACGGUAUGUGGAGAAACCUCUCAAGUGGUAAACACAACAUGUCAGUUGCAAUUGAUAACAUGUUAAAACCUAUAAUGAUUGAAAAUUGUAAAGCAAAAAGGACAAAUGUAUUGAGUUUGAUAUUCAGAACCUAAAUGUUUGAGGACUGGAUUAAACCACAUAAAGUAAUUCUCAAAUGCUGGGACUUGAACAUUCAACAUCCCAACAAAUAAGAUGACUUCAUAGAUACAACCUAUAUUAUGAAUAUGUAAAAAUUCUAAUUAGCAGAAAAGCCGACCUUUGUGCUGCAUUAAUUGGUGAUAUGCAGUAUUUACUACUCAUGUUGAUAACAAUACAACAAAAGGUCACUGAAAGUAUAGUAAUAAUUUAGGGAAAUAGGAAUAAUCCAACUAAAGUCUGGCAUAUGGAGGAGGUAGAGUCUAAUAUAAUGUGUGCAAUAGAAAAAUAUACUGAAGCUGUAAUAUGGACAGAGUAGUAGCAGCAGAUGUCGCUGAGGUGCAAUGAAUGCUAAUCUAAUAGAUGAGAUAUAUAUAAAAGACGGGAAAAUAUUUAGAAAGUAGCUCUUUAUUUUAUUAUAAUGUGACGGCCUCUGUGUACUUUCAUCACCUAGAAGGAAAGACAAAGUGAGCUAUUUGUUUUUGUUCUUAUUAGUGGUAACAUUCACAUGAAACAAACGCACAUUAAAAUCUAACUGUAAAGAAGUUAUUUACAAGAAAUAUUUGUGCACAUGAAAUCAACUUAAAGUGCGAAUACAAAUGUGGUUAUUUAAUUAUUUUUUUUCUGUAUUUUUAUUUUGCAUUUUGUCUCUUGCUGAGUUUUCAAUAAACCUACAAUAAAAACAUAUGUAUUUUUCAUAUUUUCAUUUUUUGUUUUUUAAAUCUCAGUACUGUACACUCUAGAGUGCCUUUGAGUAAACCCAUGUAAGAACCAUU